AUGGAUGGUACGGAAAUCCAACCACUGUGGUUGCAGAGGAGAAGUGCACUUGAGGGGGAUGAGUCGACCCUGAUUAUGGCAUCUGGAAUGUGUGCUAGCACAGUCAUGCUGAUGGCAUUGGUUUCUGCUGGUGGACAUAUUGUGGCAACAACGGAUUGCUACCGAAAAACUAGGAUAUUCAUUGAGACCAUUCUUCCUAAAAUGGGAAUCUCGGCUACUGUUAUUGACCCAGCAGAUGUGGAUGGCCCGGAGUCUGCUCUUAAUAGAACAAAUAAAGGAACACUUGUCUGCAUUGAUGGUACCUUUGCUACACCACUUAAUCAGAAGGCCCUGUCCCUGGGUGCUGAUCUUGUUUUGCACUCUGCAACAAAAUUUAUUGGGGGACACAAUGACGUUGUUGCUGGUUGUAUUAGCGGUUGUGAAAAGUUGAAUGCCGCAUAUCUGAUCAUCAGAGGCAUGAAAACACUGUAUCUUCUUGUACAGCAACAGAAUUCAACAGCAUUAAGGAUGGCCGAAGUUUUAGAGGCACAUCCUAGGAAGAUUCUUGUCCCCAAGGAUCGAAUUGAGGAAACUGUUGUCGCAAUACUGUGUAAUCCUCUCAAGUUGCCUCUGUUUGUCCCAUAUUCGUCCACUGGAUGA